AUGGACGCCAAACAAACUGCGCUGAAGAUCAAUUACAAGGGUGAGCUUCACCGCUUGCGCGUAGAUCUGUCUACAUUCUCGCUGGGGGCACUCAAUGCACUUUUUGCUGAGACGUUUAGCCUUCCUGUUGGCAGCUUCAUAGUUCAGUAUACGGACGCCGAGGGCGAUUGCCUUAACGUUACGUCGGAAGCCGAGUAUGAGGAGGCUUGUCGCGUCUUUUUGAGCGGCGUUGGUGGCGCCAAAUCACUUCGGUUUGAGGCUGUCAACCGCUCGGCUUUGGCUUUUCAAGAAAAUGUCGCUGACCCAAUUUUAAAAGCCAUUGAGAAACUUGUUGAGACUUUGAACACAGCUUUAGAGCAUGUCAAACGCGAGCCAUGGGCUGAAAAAGUUCAGCAGACGGCGAAUACUGGGAUUAAUCAAACAAAUGAGGCAAUCAAAACUGUUGCACAUGAUGCUCGCAAGUCUUUAAAUGCCGCGCAUCAAAGCCUUCAAGAGAUUCCGUUCGAUCAGCUCGUGAAGGAGACGACUGAGGGGAUCAAAUGUGCUGCUGAGGGUAUAACUGAGUUUGCUAAGGAAGUAGUGGUAGAAAUCAAGAAGAUGAAAACUCCCACCGCCCACGAUGUCGAUAUCUCUCCAGAGGUGCAUCAGCAAAAUGAAGCUGAUGUUGAAGAGCCGGCUGAGGUCUCUGAAGAGAUUCCAUUGGCUACUACAUGCGACAGUGAAUGGGAACAAGUGACAGAUCAGGAUCAGGCACUUGUGUCUUCCGUCGAGACUACUAUUGUGGAUGAGACCCCUACUCCUUCUGUCGAAACGGAGGAGGAGGUGAAGUGGUCGGCCGAGCUUGCAAUGGUUUAUGACAUUUUUCCUGGCGUCGAAGCAAGCAUUGUCAUUGAUCGUCUGGAGCAGUGCAAUGGCAACGUUCAAGUGGUGCUUAAUGCUUUGAUGGAGGAGAUGUAA